UUGCGAAGAGACGCGUCCCACCUGGCAACCUCUCCUAACAUAAACAAGAAGUAAAUAAUAACAAACACACAUCAGUGUUUUCUUCUUUAACCGCGGAGCUGCUGUUCGGCGCAUGAAAUGGAUCUUCGCAUCCGACAAUAUUUAUCAAAAGCUCAGGAGAAAAGAGAUGCUGUGUAUGUGAGGAACGCGUAUGAUCUGAUCCGAGCUGCAGCUCCAGCAGCGUCUGAGCUGCGCGUGCUGUGCGCUGAACAAUCUCUACAGCUGGGCUGUUGGGAAAUCACACAGGACUGUUUAAUGAUGUACUUGGAAGGGAAACCUCCAGCCAAUCAGUUCCUGUGUCGAGCGUAUCUGUGCCAGGGUCAGCUCAUCUCCUCACGCUCCAUCAGCACAGCGGAGGACUUGGAUAAGGCUGUGAUGUACUAUCUGAAGGCGAUUGAGAUUGCCAAAGACAAGUCCAGAUAUCAUUUCCUGGUGUUCAACGCCUCGCUGCUGUACCUGCAGUCCGUCAGGCGGUUCCUGAGGCCCGGACAGAGACGGCUCCUUUCUUCUCUCACGCAGGUGCUCGAGGCUCUAGAGGAGGUUCAGGAUCCUGAUCACGCAUGGAGGGCUGAGCUUAUGCUACACCUUGUUGAAUGUCUGCUCGAUGCUGGGAAGCAGAAGGAAGCAGCUGCUGUGGCCAAGGUCACCUCUGAUUUAAUACAGGCACAUAAACCAGAGCUUUAUCCCCGGCUUUUCUCCAUACAGGUUCGACACAACCUCAUGGAUGUCUCUGAAAUGCUGAACGAUGGAAACCCUAAGUUGCUUGUGAUGUACAAGAUCCAAAAGCUUAAACAUGCGGUUGAUGUCGCUGAAGUCAAGAGAGAUGAUGCAGACACACUGAAGGAGAUCUUCCUGCUGCUGACACAGUCCUCAGAACCCAAAGCAUCCAUCCUCCAGGCCUCCAGUCCUCCACCAGACAUCCACAGAUCCAGUGCUCCACCCAACAUCAUCUCUGAAUCCAGCGGAUCCAGUCCUCCACCCUUCACCCAGAGCAUCAGUGCACCACCCAGCGUCCUCCACUCGAGUCCAUCCUCCUCCUGCAGCUCCAGUGUUUGUCUGGAUCACGGCUCUUCCAUCCCACUGACCGACAGGGCUGAGCUCCUGCUGGAUCUGGCUUUCCUCUCUCUGCGGUUACAGCAACAUCAAACCGCAUCCGACUGUGUGAAGGAGCUCCGAGCCACAGAUGUCACCGUCGGUCAGCGUAUAAUGAUGGAGUGUGUGCAGUGUGAGCUGGAGCUGAACAAACACAGAGAGGGAAUGCAGAAUUACUCCAGAUCCAGUGUGGAGCUGUGGUUGAGUGUAAUCGCUCGUUUGGAUGCACUGCUGCAGACGGCGCUGAAGCAAGCAGACGCUCGGGUCACUCAAGCGGUGUGUGUGUGUCAGUGGAACACAUGUCUGCCGCUUCUCCAACACAACCUCCGGAAGAGAGUCCAGAAAGCCCUGCUCACCCUCGCUCGAGCGCUGCAGCACACACACAGUUUGCUGCUGGAUGUGUUGUGUCGGGUUCACACUGAACUGGCUGCGAUAGACGAGGAGGAUGAAAAGCUGGAAUCUGCCAUGAAGCAUCUUCAGAAAGCCCUUGAGCUGGAUCCUCUCUCCCAGCAGCUGUCCUCCUCCUUACAGCUCCUCCAGCUGCGCUCCUCUGUCCACAGCGCUCCCACACGGCCGGAGGAGCGCGCCGCCAAACUCAUCCAGCAGGCUAAAGAGGGAAGCGGGCGCGAGGCUUUGAGAAAGCGAAGGCCGCUGCUGGUUAGUGCUGGAGUCGCUCUGGCACCCGAUGCUUUCCAAACCGUCCUGGAUGCUGACAGUAAAGUCAAAGAUGAUGGAGCUGGAGAUCGUCUGGAGCUGCUCGCUGCUAAAGCCCAGCAUCACAGCAGCUGUGUGCAGAAGGUCAAAGGUCAUUUGGAUGGACUUGACAAGAGCUCAGAUGACAAAGAAAGGGUGAAAUUAUGGGGUUCGCUGGCCAAGACCGCCCGGAAACAGGAGGUUUUUGACGUGUGCCAGGCGGCCUGUCGCUUCUGUCUGCUCUAUGAUGAUGGACGAUGGAAAAACACCAGUGAACCCAAGAUCAGAGCGAGUCCAGAUCAGAAGAACCAGACCGAGUCCAGCACACAGAGAGAUCUGCUGCGUCUGCUCGCCGAGGUCCACUUCAUCAGCGCUGAGGUAACGGUCCUUAAACUCUGCUCUGAGGGGGUGGAGCUAAACGGCUCUGCUGUAGCACCUGAUGAAAAACGGACACGCCCACCUGAAGACGACGCCCACUGGAACCUGUACAGUGAUUGGAUCAAGGAUUUAUCGGCUUACGCCACUGGUGGAUUCCUGCGAGGGGCGGAGCUUGGGGCGGAGCUGCGUGAGGAUUGGCUGGUGGCUAAUGCAGCUGUGUAUCUGUGGAACUACAACAGCUGGCUGCUGACCACCGGAGGACAUCGGCUCCUUCUGCCCACCUUCAGACGUCUGCUGGAGCUCCUCAGACAGGCAGGGCAUGCUGGGGAGGUGGUUCUUGUGGGGAUGCUCUGUGACGCUGUGGCUCAGGGGCUCAUCCAGCCGUGGUGUGGGACGUCUGUACGUGCCGAUCAGGAAUCGCAGGACACUGGGAAGGAAGCCGAGAAGACGCUGCCAGCCGAGAAGACAAAGAAAGUCCGAGGGAAGAGCGUGGAGAAAUCCGGCUCGACCCUCGGCCCUCAGCUGGACGCGGCUGCCAUGCAGGACGUUAAGAAAGCUUUAGAGGUGUGUGAGUUUGCGCUGCGUCUGUCCAGUGGAAACGCCGAGCCGCUGCCCAUCUCUGUGAGGAAGCAGCUCUGCAGCACGUGGGUCUGUGUUAAACAGCUGCUUCAGCAGCAGAUCGGACACAAACUGGACAUCAGCGAUGAGAGUAAGAGCGAGGCGGUGGCGUCUGUGACCCGUGUGCUGGUCGCAGUGGAGAUGCUUCAGUGUAACAGCAGCUCCAGACUCAUGCAGUUCACCGUUCCCAGUCUGUCUGCGCUGGUUCAGAUGGCGUUGGGCUGUCAGUGGUCUGAUCCGGUCGUGGAGCUGUAUGUGUGGACACGGCUCGCUCUGUUCGCCCAUCAGACACAAGACCACGACCUGGUCCUGACCUGCACCCAUAAUGCACUGCAGCUGGAGCAGAAGGCAGCACAAAGAGUGAAGACGGCCGCUUAUGCUCUGUUCAGCGUGCGCUCGGUGCAGGAGAUGUUGAGCAGCGCUGCGUGUGUCAGAGGUCAGAGUGUGAUCCAGGAGGCCAGAGGUCAUCACAGCAGAUAUAUGGAGGGUCUGCUCAAGCUGCAGGACAGUGUCAGUUUUGCGCAGCAGGCGGGCAGCUGGAGUCUGUGUAUGAGCGCAGCCGCACACUUCUGGAACGCAUGUCUGCCUCUGCUGGACUCAGGACGGGACAGACGUCAGCUGAGAGGAGCGCUGGAGCUCGUCCUGAAGACCAUCAGCCACACAUACAGCAAACACACAGCCGGCAACACUAACAGAGCGUCUGGACUCAAGCGUGACGGAGCAGAUACAACAAACGCUGGCGUCGCUGACGAUGACCUGAAGCUGUGGACGGCUGUGAUCAGCGCUCUGCUCCGUAUCCAUGCGGACGCUGGAGACUGGAGGAGAGGCCUGCAGCUGCUGGACGAGGCUCUCAGAGAGACGCCACACACACAACACAGACUGGCUCUGCUGAAGCAGCGUGUUCUGGUCAAGGCCCGGCUGGGCGAGUCGCUUCUGCUGGACAUGCAGCGGUUCACUAGCGAGGGAGAGACGGUCUGCGCUCAGAUGUGGCGGCGUGCAGCUCUCUGUGCCAAAGACAAGCGACAGCGGCUCAGCUGCUAUCAGAACGCCAUCACAGCUCUGCAGUCUCCGGGGGGUCAGUGGCAGAAGGUGGAUAUUCUGCUGGAGUUUGGCGAGUGGCUGUACGUCACACACUUUCCUGUGACUGACGUCCGUCUGCAGAUCGAGUGGGCCGUAGACAUCCUGCUGUUCACAGACACACAGAACACAGACGAGGCGUCUGGCCCGUGUCUGUCUGAAGUGCGUUCGGUCGGGCGUCUGGAGCGUCUGAUGCGAUCGCACACACUGCUGGCUCUCACAGAGGAGCGCUCGUCUCUCAGACAGCAGCAGCAUCUGCUGACGGCCUACAGCUGCUCGCUGCACAUCUGGAAGGUAUCCAUGGCGACCGCACAGGAAGUGAUGAAUGAUUCGGCGGAAGGUCAAGAGGUGCAAUCCGCCAGCUCCAGAAAAGACAAGGAGAGACCAGACGAGAAGAAGACCAAACAGCCGUCUCCUGUGGAGGACAGACCCAGAGCUAAAGCUGCAGACGUGUGUCUUCCCGUCAGCCCCGAGCAGUGGGCUCAGUUCCAGUGUCCUGAGGAGCUCCGACAGGCCUUUCUCUCUGACGCCCGUCCUUACAGCAUCAACAGCACAUCCAUCAGCGCACAGAGCCGAACUCUGUUUUAUUUGGAUCUGCUGGUGAAAGAGCUGGAGUCUCUCUCCUUGACCCCGCUGACCUUCGCCCCUCUCCACCUGGCAGAGCUCAUCGCUCGCGACCUCAUGCAGAGCAGGAGUCAGUCUGACCUCUACCGCCUCAGGAUCAUCAGGAGCUGUGCUGAUCUGGGCUUCGAGUCUCCGUUCUCUGAGCAGCUGCUGAGCUUCACACACGUUCCUGCAGACGAGCAGAUGAGGAGCCAGAGAGCCGUCGUUACACAGAGAAAUGCAUCUCAGAGCGACGGGACGGACGAGACGGUGUUUGCUGCCGGAGAUCCGUGUGGAUGGACAGCAUCCGCUCCCAGUCCUCAUCAGCUGUGGCUGGCUAAGGCCGACGUGUGUCUGAGUCUGAACCUGAUUCAGCCUGCAAAAGUCCUGCUGACUCACACACACCUGACAGCCCAGGAGCUUGGAGACCAGCUGUCAUUGGCUAAGAGUUUACUCCUGCUGGCGGUUCUGGCCAAUCAGGAGCAGCGCUUCGGCGAGGCUCUCGCUCUGCUGCAGGAGGCACAGGAGAUCGGAGGAGACGAGGAGUUCUGCUUUUUGCUCACUCAGACUCUCCAAAUGACCGUAGUGGAACAGGAGGAACAGGAAACGCAUCAUCAGGUGUGUGCGAUCACAGAACAGGCCUGCAGAGCCAUCAGAGCUGUUCUAGAGCAGAGAGGGAACCGAGCUUCAGUCCUCCGCUUCUUCAUCGCAUCGCUGCAGACCAGGGCUGCUGUGUUUCGCAAGCAUUUGUUGAGCUCUGCCGAUCCAUCAGUGGAGAUGCUGAUCUCGGUGUGUGACACGCUAAAACGCGCUGCUGCUGAACUCCUGCAGCUGGGAUAUAGAACACACUCCGCAGAAGCUACGCUAGAACAUGCCAACACACUCAGAAUCCUGGCUGUUCACUCAUCGAGUGCAGAAGAGAAACAGCGCCACCUUCUGGACGCGUUCAGCCUGAUGAAGAGCGCUGUCUCUCUUCAGGAGCAAGUUCUCACUGAUGUCCUCAAUGUUCUUCCACCUCAUGAGUCCGGCUGGAGAAGCGUCCCCGCGGCCCGUGUGUGUGUCCGUCUCAGACUGGCUCUCGCCGAUCUGGCCCUGCUCAUGCUGGACCUCCAGAGCGCAGAGCAGAAGAGGAAGUCCAUCGCUCGGGACAGGAAGUCAUCAGUGGAGAGAGCGCUGGAGGACUACAUGAGGAGCAGUGUGGAUCUCAGCCGACAGGAGCGGGACUGGUGUGCUGUGGGCCGGUCUCUGGCUCAGGAGGUUUUGACUCACCUCACAGCCGUCAGUUCUCUCUCGCUGGACUGUGUGGAGACCAGGGCUCGCUCCCUCGGCAUGAUGGGAAGGUGCCUGAGGAUUUUAGCUCAGCAGAGAGACCCGCUGUACCCCUGCACACUGUGGACCGAGCCCGACACGGACCAGGAGAAGAGCGAGAGAGAGGAAAACCUGGAAGAUAAUGAAGAACAGCUAGUGAAGAUGAAUGAAACUGAGAAGAAGCAAUACGCUGGCAAACGAGCGGAGCUGCAGAGCGAGCGGAGGGCAGCGCAGCAGCUGUUGGCUCAGGCCUGUGAAACUCUCUCUCAGGCUGUGAGUCUGAGUCUUCAGCAUGACCUUCCUCAUCUUCUUCCUCGCGUCUGCGCAGAUCUGCUGGAGUGUCACGGUCAGUUCGACCCCGGCGCCAGCGGACAGUACCUCGCCCUGCUGCAGAGCGGCGUGUGCUGUGCUGAGAUGUCGUCUGUCCUGCACUCGAUCUGCUCCAGUGUGAGUGAGUCUCAGACCUGUGCUCUGAUGAACCUGCGGAGGACGCUGCUCUCUUCACAGGGUCACAGACCCAGCGGCGCUCUGACCGCAGUGAACCGGGAGCUCAACGCUCUCUCCAAGGCCUUCACUCACCUGACCAUAAACCCAAACCACCUGAGACUUCUGGGAGAAAUGCCACCCAACUUCAAGAUCCUGCUGCUCCAACACUCAGAGGACAGUUCUGUGCUGUACGCUGGUCUUUAUGAGAAGGUUAAAGCCGCAGAGACUCAGAAAGGAAAGAGUGUGACAGGUGGUCUGAUCUGCUCUAAGGUGGUCAAGGCCUCCGUUCAUCGCUCAGAUCUGCUGCAGCUCCUCAAACUCCUGCAAGACUUCAAAGAUCUGAACACAGAGACGUGUCUGAAAGAGUCUCGCCGCUGCGGACAGAACCCAGCACAGGACAGUAAAGAUGUACAGCUGGAUGAUUGUUUCAGCGCUCUGCUUGAGGAGAUGGAGAACUACCUCAAUCCUGUUCUCUCACAGUUUGACUUUUCAUGCUUUAGCGUUCGCUCUCCGUGCAUCUCCACCACAUCGGCCCGAGCCAAAGACAAGGACGAGAAAACUGCUGAUAAACCUCUGCCGGAUGCUGGUGAUUGUGUGGUGAUUCUCGCUGACCGGACGCUGCUGGAGUUUCCGUUAGAAGCGCUGAGCGUCCUUCAGACGAAGGGCAUCGGCUCCGUCUCUCGAGAUUUCUCUCUGCAGGUUCUUCACACACGACUGCAGACGGAUGAAGCAGAUCAUUCUCCAAAAUCAGCGCAGAAGAUGCAAAAAACUCCACAGAUUCCCUCUAGGCCUGUUGAAAGUGACAAUAAAAAGGAAGCUAAAGGUGGCAGAGCAGUCAAGGGAAGAGGCGAUCAAAGCCGAGGCAUCAAAGCGGUGCCGGUCAGUCGUGUCCUGCCGCCGAACAGCAUCCCAGUGGACACACACAGGUUCAGAUAUGUAGUCGAUGCUCGGGAGGAAGAGGAUGGAAAGCAGGCUGAUUGCAGCAGCCCAGCAGAGAUCAUGAGGAAGACCCUCGACACGUACGCUUCGCAAUUUACACCUCUGUGGGAAGGAUUCAUGUGCCACGAGCGCAAACGCAGUCUCGCAGAUCUCGAGCAGAUGCUGAUGUCCUGCAGCGCUUUUAUUUACUCUGGCACGGAGAACUUCUUCUCCUGCGUCCCGCCGGCCAAGAUGGCCUCCCUCAACAUGUCCGGAUGUCAGAUGGUCUUUCUCUUUGAAAGCGUUCAGAACAGAGUCAGCGUCCAGAAGAGACGGUCCAGUCGGGCUUCAGACGGUGCGCUCGGCUCGGCGUAUCUCUUCACUCUCAGCGGGGUUCAUUCUGUCCUGCUCAACCAGUGGCACAGCAGCGCCGCAGCAAACGCACAAAACCUGCGCUCACUCAUGGACAAUCUUCUGAGAGCAGGACUGACGUCAGGACGAGCCGCUCGUGUUUUACAGACACACAAGUCAGAAAAGACAGAAGUCAGGGGAAACUCGUCCGGCCCGACAGCAGACGAGAGUUCAGCUGUAAACGUGGAAGACGUUUCCUCUGAAGACAUCCAGAGAAAAACUCCUUCUGCGUUCAACUUUGUUAUUUACGGACUUCCUAAUUUAGUGGUUACAUGAACGGCUGGAGAUGUUUGGGAGAUUUCACUGAAAUAAAACUAAUUUACUAAUAUUCUGAAAUUAAACAUUGUCUUUUCUUCGACUUAUGUGCAUCUAUUGUAGGUCUUGAAACACUGCUGUCAAACUAAUAUUGAUCAUCUAAAACCUUCAGUAAUAAAUGAAAUUAAAAUCC